CUGUCGCUGCUUUCCCACCAGGAUGAAAUAUUUAUCGUGGCUCCGUUACCCUUGUUUUCUUGAAAGCGAGUUUCACACUUCAUUUGCAGGAGACAUUCAGAGACUUCUAGUUGGGUUUUCCUUCUCACUGGGCGCGUGUGGCGGUGUGUGCGUGACCACCCUGGCCAGCCCCGCUCCUGCCUGAUCCGGCUGCCUGAGGUGGAGCAUCCUGAGUGAUGGAUGAGUCUGUAGCCCUGCUGUGUGAUAAAUCAACAAGAAAAAAAAAAUAAAAUGGUCUGAAGUCCAGCAAAGAGUUUAGCUCUGCAGCACCAGCCCACAGUUGCUUUGUGCAUCCUUGCUCUGGCUGGGAUGCAGUGAGGAAAAGGAGUGUGAGUAGUCCUGUAAAGCAACUGCAGGUGAGCUGUAAUAGCUUUAUCAGUCCUGGACCUGAUCCUGGAAUGACUCCACUUGGAUUUACCACAACAGUGGGGUUUGGGUCAGGUGCUGUCACCUGUGUUAUACCCCAGAGCAAUGUGUGGCUCCAGCUUUCCCUGGUGGUCCAGGAUCCCGAUGGAUGACAGAUGGAUUCCUGGUGGCUUGGGAAGCAGAGCUGUGGCUGUGUAACCCUGUCCAUUCCAUGAGGUUUCCAGAUGCCCUCCCACAGCACACCAUCAGCAUCCUUGUGGGUACUGUGGGUGUCUGAAUUGCAGGGCAGGAAAGGGGACCCAUGGCUUUCCCAUCCCUGCAUGGGGUGACUUUCCAGGAGGUGGAAACCUCUGGUCAAUGUCAGUGAAUUCACUCUGGCGAGAAGGGCAGGAGGGGUUCCCAGGAUGUGUCCUGAGGAUGGGGAUGUCUGGAAGUCAGAGUGGCUGUAAGUUCCUGUUCCCAUGGGUGGCAUGUCUGUCACUGGGUCUGCAUUCCACUGGGAAGGAUAAAGUAUGUGGGCUCCUGGUGGGGUUUGGGCUGGUUCCCCUCCAGGCUGUCUGAUUUUUAGUGUGUGCCCUCAGGAUGGGAGGAGCAGCUCAUCCCUGUGUCACGUCCCACUCUCUGCCUGGGUGACCUGCAGUGGCUCCUGUGCAAAUCCCACCCUGCUCCUGCUAUGGGGUCCUUGGAAGCCCAGGGGGAAGUUACAAACACUGGUGUCCCCAAGGCUAGGAAAUGGUCACCCAGAGGCCCUGGAGAUGGGCAUCCAAGCUCCGAGCAAGUCACGUCUCCUCCCUGGAGCUCAGGGAUGAGCAGCUGGUGGCAGCUGCCACGCUGGGCAGAGAAAGGCAAAUGAAGAGAAGAUCAGAGAGUUUUCUGGGUUGUUUUAUGGAUCCCAAUCACAAAGCCACACUUCCAGAGCCAGCAGCUGGCCCUGAUGUCUGGCCCCACCAAAAAGAGACAGUCUGUCUGCCUUGCACUUUCGGGGAGGCUCCGAGAGCCCUCCCGACUGUAGUACUGCUGCACGUGGGAGGCUCCUCUCUCUGUAUUGCUGCCUGAAUGCAAUUAGGCUUUAAUGAGUCAUUAAAAUAAAUCUCUGUUUCUACUCCAAGCGAACAUGCUGGGGGGAUGCUGGCAGUCGGAGCAGCAGGUCUUGCAUCAUGUGGAGGAAGAGGCUGCCCUUCCCUGUGCCCUCCUCCCCAGGGCUGGCAGCCUCCAUCUCCCUUUCCCUUGGAGAAAAAGACAUUUCCCAAGCACCAUGCAGAUUAGCAGCUACUGUGAGAGUGGGAUUAAACUAUAACCAGCCCUAGGGUUGGUUUUUUGUUGGAGGAGCUGUGAUCUGGGCAUUUGUCUCUUCCCUGGUGCCAAAGGGCAAAAUGUGAAAGGGAAAGCACGGUGAAUCACCAAUAGGCAUCCAUAUAGUUUUCCUAACUGUAAUGUAAAUGGGAUUUAAAGACCUCCUGAGCCAAGAAGGGUGGUGGUGGCCCCUCACCUUAUGGGCAGAACCACAAGGCUCGUCUCCCUUCAUUCCUCUUAACUGGUAAACAGUGCAAUUACCCCUAAUGAUGGCUAUGCUAAUUGAAUCCCUCCACAGUGGCUGUCUAGCUGGCACACUUGCAGGCAGGAGGGCAGAUGCUGGCAGGACACAGGGGGACAUGCGUGUCCCUGAGGAGCAGCACCCUUCAGAAACCUGUCACUGUUUCAGCCACCAGUCCCCAGGCUGCGGGAGGGCAUGGGUUAAACCCAGGGGGCGAGACAGAGAAUUUGUUUUGUGUUUUAUUUUAGCAAAACACGUAAAUUGGGUGACGCCGCGGCACAACGGAUCCGCCCCGGUGUGCUGUGCCAGGGGGACUGCAGCUGAUGGGAUUACAGAGGCUCCAGCCUCAUCCAGAGCUUUUCCCCUGGGCUUUGCUUUCGGGAGCAGAGCUUGCUGCUACACGGCAAGGUUUUGCACAAGUUGUGUUUCAUGUGUCAGGCUGGGAGGAACUGGGAUAGGGCAGCAAGGGCAGAUCUGUGUGGGAACUGGGAAACUGGGGAAAUAAUUUUCAUGGGAAUUGUGGAAAUGAAGUGGGAAGGGGGAGAUGGCAUCGAUGUCCAAGGCAAGAAGGGUGACAAUGAAGCGGUGCCUUGGAGGAGAAGCUGUCCUUGUUUCACAGAAAGCUGCUGAGAAACUGGCUUAGUGGGAAAAAAAAAUCUUUGGAGGGAAACUCAUUGCUCUGCUUGGUUGGAUCUUGUUGGGGAUGCUGUGUGGGGUUUCUCUAAACAAUGCUUCUGGAAUUGAUCCUCAUCUUCCACUGCAUGCCUGGGAUGAAGAUGCAUUUGGUGUCACUGAGUCCAGGUGGAAUUAGCCCCACUGGAGGGCAGAGCAUGCACCUUCCUGUGGGGGAGGAGCAAGAAAAUCAAACCAGGGAGAAGAUCGGAUAUCCAGAGAGUGUGUUUGCAGCCCCCAGGGAAUGGAGGGAUUCGGCUGAGGUCUUCAUGUCCUUGCCCUGACAGGAAGAGCCCACUGGUGUGAGGAGUUGAAGGUUUCAUCUUGGAGCAAUGAGAAUGCUGGAGAGACCUGCCCAGGGCUAGGAAUGAACAGUGGAGCAUCCUUGAUGGGAGGCUGGCUCCAUCACACUGCUGGGGAGAGUCUGGGGAGAGUUCUGGGAAUGCUGGCUGGGUUGGUACCUUGCCACAGGGUUAAAUCAGUCAUGGGAUACCCACAGCAGUGCAAGGUGCAAACACCAAGGGUGGAAUCAGGGUGGAAGAAAAUAACCUUUCCUGUUCCUUUCCAAUCUCACAAGGAUCCAUGUCUUUUGCUGGACGUUGUAAGCACCCAUUGUGACAGGGGCAACAUGGAGUGCAAGUAAGAUCCAAGUCCUUACUCUCUGAGUCUGUGUCCUCCAGGAAUCCACAGUACAGCAGGACCCAGCCUGGGCUCUGGCUCUCCUCAGACUGUGGCCAUAGGCAAGGUCCCUUCAGCACACGUGUGAGGGAAAAUUCUCCGGCUUUUUGGCAAGGUUCAGUCUCACCUGGCAUCCUUGGCUCGCUCCGUUCCCGGCUGCUGCAGCCGCUCCUCGUGGGGAUGUGUGAGUGCUGGGAGGGAUGGUGCUUGCAGCAGCGAUGCUGGCCAGGUGCUGGCUGCCUCCGGAGCGCCCGUGGGGAUCUGACGUGCAGGAUAAUCCCAAAAGCCUUUCUCUGUGUGACUUGGCUUCACGCCACUGGUUUUGUCCCUGGUUAUUUUGGGAGCACGGCGGAGCGGCUCCCCGGCACACAUUCCUGGCCUCGGCCACACGGGGCUUUUGCCAGGAGCUGCCCCAGGAGGAUCCCUGGGCACAGCGACCGGAGAUGAGCCGUGUGGAUCAGGCUGAGGAUAUUCCCAUCCUGCAUCCCGCUGUGGGCUGCCCAUGUCUGACACCUCCCCUGUGUCUGGGGCUGCUCACCACCCUUCCUGGGACUGCAUCCACCCGCCCUGGCUCCCGAGCUGGGCUGACUGGGAGCUGGUGGAGCAAACACAGUGGGUAGGAGAUGUGUGCGGGGAUGAAGAGGGAGCUGCCAUUCUCCUCCCCUGUGUUUUAAGCCUCCCUGCAGUGAGGAGGAGCUGCAAAUGGGGUUGUAGUUAUAUAGAGACUUGCCUUCAUCCAGGUGUAGCCCUGGCUGUGUGUAUUUCUGGGGACAGGGUGGGGUGCCAGCCCCUUCUGUGUCCCUCCGUCGUAUCCACGGCUGCAGUUAAUCCACGCAGGCAGGCGAGAUGGGAUCUCAAUAGUCGCUUAAGGAGAUAUAGGACAGAUGAGAUGCCCAAGUAACAAGAUACCAGAUAAUCUGUGCCUGAGACAUCCCAGCCUGCAAAGCUGCCCUUCCUCCAGAAGUCUGAGAAGCACUGGGAGGUCUCCCAGGGAGAGGAGUGCAGAUGUGCCAGCUGGUCCCAGGAUGUUCCAGGGAUCACACACCUGGACAGAGAUCAGAGGGGGAUGCUUGGUCCUUUGUGGCUGUAAGGACAAAUUGUUGGCAGGGAAGUUCCCCUGGGCUCCCACAGGGCAGGAUGAAGCACGGUGAGGGAGGCAGUGAACCUGGAUGGGCAAGAAGGUGGUUUUUGGCGGAGUUUGGUGGCCAGGACAAGGGAUCUCCUGGGCUCAGAGGGUCAGGAGCACAGUGUUAAAGCAGAAGUGCAGCCUUUCAUGCCCACCUGCAAGCUGGGGUCUGGCUGGCAGCUUCCACCACCAAAGGUGUUUGUUUUUUUUUUACUUGCGAUUAAUAUCGUGCCUUUUCCACAAAGCUUUUACAAGAAAAGAGCUGGUUUUGCAUCCUUGUUGGUAUUUUGUCUUUCUCAUCCUUGGGCUGGGAAGAGGCAAUGGGGAGCCUUGGGGAGCUGGCCCAGGUGGUGGAGGGAAAGCAAGAGCAGACUUGCAGCAGGGCACAGACUUUUUGGUUUUGAUGACUGGCCGUGACUCACUGCCAGUCCCACUCAGCUGGGGGACAGUGUCACUUCUGUGACCUGGCUGCCCUUGUGGUAGCUGGGAGCAGGGUGUUGGCUGCAGCAAAACUGCUGGGAAAGCCCCAGGUGGCUCAAGGCACCACAUCACAGCAGGAAAAAAGCCUCGGGGAGGAAAUGGGUCACACGAAACACCCUUUCUUUCUGCUGGGUAAAACCUUAUUUGGAGUUCUCUGCAGCAGGCAAAAAUAAAAGUUUUCCCAACUGCUGCUGUGAUUUCUGUCUGCAGACUGGUGCAGACUCCAGUAUAACUCCGGCAGAACCAGCAGCAGCUUCAGCUGAUUCAGCUUCACAGUGACCCAGGGGUUUGUCACUUGGGAAGGAAGCCUAGGGGUGAGCACUGGGAGCAGAGGGAGGCUACUGGGGGGCUGCCAGCUGCAUCCCACAUUGCCAUUGCUCCAGGUAAAAUUUCACAUUUCACCCCUGUGUGGUGGGGUCUCCUUGGCCCUGCUCCCCUGUGGCUCAGUUUGUCCCCUCAUACUUUGCAGCACAGAGCACCUGACAUGCAGAGAGUUUGGGGGACCCCAGCCUUGCCUGAGCACCCAUCCUGGGGGUUUGCAGCAGAGGGUUGAUCCCCCUGAAUCUUGCGGGGCAGGUCGCAGCUGCCUGGGAGCUGCCCUGUUGUUUGCUGCCAUGAUCUGUUUUGAAAAGGCAGCCCCUGAUGCUGGUUUUUUCCAAUUAGGCCCUGGGAGAUGACUCUGGUGAGGCAGCGGCCGGGAUAAUUUACCAGGCAGACAUUUCAUUGAAUUAUCCCGUGAGCUGCAGAGCAAAACCAGGAGAGCAGAGCCUGGGUCGGGGCAGGACUCAUGGCAAGGUUCAGCAUGAUGCUCGUGGUGUGUAACCAUGCCCUGCCCCAGCCUAAACCUGCUCCCGAGCUCUGCUGUGAGUGUUUGACCCCCAUGGGGUAGCAGGGAUGAGCUCGAAGCUGCAGGGACACCCAGGGUGAGUAAGGACAGGAGUGGCUCAGCUGGGUUGGGAGUGCUGGCGGCUGGCAAAAACCUCGCCACUGACUUGCAAACCAUGCAAAUCUGCUAUGGAUGUCACUGAAGGAGAAUAAAUAUAGAAGCCUCAGAUGCCACUCGUUCCCAGAGUCACUUUUCAAGCUGUAACUUUGCACUGUGAGGCAACAUCAGUUAAAGAAGAUGUAUAAAUCCUAAUUUUGUACAGGUGAUUUGUGUGCCAGAGGGUCCCCACAGCACCCUUGGGUUGUUGCCUCUCCUGAGCCAGCCGAGAGCGGGUGAGCAGCGAGUGCCAAGGCAUCUGCUCCACCUGGGAUAUUUAAACAUUUAAACAACUCUCGACUCCCUUUUUAAGCCAGAAGGAGAAAUGGGACUGUGCCUCAGGGAACUGGAUUUGUGCAUUCCCCUGGGAUGCCUCUGUGCCCUGUCCUGCUCCAGGACAGCUCAGCUCACAGUGCAGCCCAGGCUUUUACAGGAUCCAUACAAAUGUAUGGCCUUUUGUUGGGAUGGAGCAGUGGGGCUGUGUGGAGCUGAGCCAGUGGAGCACAAACUGCUCCUUUCCCAGCAGGCUGGGAUGUGUUUGGGAAGGGUGGAUGGAAACAGGUAUGGGCUGGUGGCAGAGAUGUGAAAAGGCUGCUGUAGUUGUCCUGCCCCUUUCUGGACAUAAUUUAGUUUGUAAUUCCCAAAACCCCAGUUACUCCUGAGACUGUGGCUCUUGCUCUUUCCCUGAGAGGUGUUGCAUUCCCUUCUUCAUCCAUGCAGGAGAGAGCUGUGGGCCAGAGAAAGCUAUUUUAUAGGCACAAACUCCGUAGAAAAAGUGAACUUCUGGGCUGCUGGUGGGCAGGGUUUGGGGAAGGGGAGAAGGGCAGGAACUUCCUCCUUUUGAAAAACACCCCCUCGAAAGAGAAGAGGAAAGACAGCACUUCUCUUGUGCUUCAUUUUCAUUUUUGCCUUUGUUUAACAUUCACUAUUUUAAUAAGGAAGGGCCCAGUUCCUGAGCAGGGCUAGUGAAAUGCUGAUCCCAGCAUUCCCAGAAAUGGGAAUACCAGAGAUGGGGCAUGGAAGCCCAGCCAUCCUCUGAGACACUCAGACCUCAGAGGUGACCAAAGGAUCCCCAAGGUCCCUCCUUGCCCGGGGUCAUUCUCCAGGGCUGCCUGCUCACUCCAAUCCUCAGGCUAAUUGGAUGCUGCUCUCUGAGCUCUAAAUCAAAUCACAGCUCCCAUGAAAUGAAGUUUUCUGGACGUGAACAGCUGCCUGCAUCAUCCAUCACCGCCCAGCUUGCGGCGUGUCCCUCUUGGGGUCACCAAAGGUCAGCGUUUGCCAUUUGCAGCCACCCACUGUCACCUUUUUCCUGCUAAGGAAGGCACCUGGGGAGGUGACAACUGCACCAAAGGCUGCCUGCGUGUCCCCUCACACUCCUGGCAGCGGUUCAGGGUGCGGUUUGGUAACAGGGAGCAGGAGCUGAGUGUGUUGGUCUCUAUUAUUAGCUCUGUUCCAGGUCUCCUGAUGGAUGGAGAUAUUAACUGGGUUAUGGACAUAUUGAUUUCUUUGGGUUUUUUUUUUUUCCUUUAUUUUGUGUGUGAGAGCGGCUCAAGGAGGAAAUCCAAUGCGUGCCCGCCUUUUGGCUUCCUACAGGAACUUCCCAUGAGCUGAAAAUCAAUUUGUGGCAGGCAGGAUGUGCAAACCACCACAGCAGAGCGAGGAGGGUGGGUGAUUUUUGGAGAGAAAGGUUCCACACUGUGCCUGCUGGGACAUGCAGCAGAGAGGGGCCAGGGCAGAGUUGGGAAGGUCUCGCCUGGAAGCUGUCACCUCUCUCCGUUAAUUAGGGCUGCGUGGUGAGUGGGUAAUUAGAUCUCCUCAGCUGCAACGGGCUGGCACUUGGGCCCUAUCAAUUAUCCCUGCUCUGGACGAGGCACAGAGGGACGCAGGGCCAAUAAUGAAAUGCGGCUGCGCUGGGCAUCGCCGGGAGGGCGGGGGGUGAUGAGGCGAUGGCUGCACCCACUUAUUGCUACAAGUCCUCAGUUUUGGUGGAACAGCAGAUUUGGGGCAUGGGAUCAUCCUUUCCUGGCAAUUUGUUUUACCCAGCUUUGCAGCACCCACCUUUUCCAGCAGUCUCCUUAAAAAAAAGCAAUUUAUUUAGCCCCGCUGCAGUGACACUGGUGGGGAUGGGGACACUGGGCAGCCCCUUUGGGAAGGGGGAUGAGCUGAUGGUGGAGUUUUUCUCCUUGUUCUCCCUGCCAGGGCUGCUGAGUGUCCCCGUGGCCAUGUGGUGCUGCCUGUCCCCACCAUCCGGCCCAGGGCCAGCGUGACUGUGACAUCCUGCCUGUCCUUUUCCGGGUAAGUGUCCGUGGGGUGGGGGGGGGGAUGCUGGAGCUCCCCUGUCCUGGAGGGGAUGGAGGAGAGAUUUCAUUUCCCAGCGGCACCUAAAACAUCGUUGUGAUGAUGCAUCCGCCUUCCUUGUAAUAAAUUUUAAAGUGGAAAAGGCCAAGUGCUGACUAAGCCAGGCCUGUGCCCUCUUCCUGUAGAGCAUUGCUCCAAGCUUGGGAAAUGCAUCCUUUCCCUGCUUCAAAUUAAAGAAAAUCACAGGGGGAUGAAAUAGGGCUUCCCACAGAUGACAAAUCAAGGCACAUUCUUGGGAAAUGGGGAAAGGCAGGCAGGUGCAAGGGGUGCUGUCAGACCACGUCUAACCUCUCCCUCCACUUCUUCCAGGUCCAACGCCUCCGUCACUGAACGUGAGUAUCCCCAGGUGCCAUGGCACAGAGAUGGGGGUGAGGGCUGCUUAGCCUUUUAAGUGCCUGACAGGCAGCCAGGGUGCAAUUUUUGGGCUCAGACUGUUGUGGAGUUCAGAGGCUCCUUUUUGGCUUUGCCUGGUGAAAAGACCAGGUUUGUUCCUGCAUUUUGAAGCAGAAGCUGGAUUUUCUGCUGGGAGGGUGGAAAUCAGCCCUUUUGGAUCAGUAAGGGUGAGGUUUUUCCAGUGGGCUGUGGGGUGUUUGACCAAGAGCCCAAGCCAGACCAGCAGUAGCAGUGAGGGGAUGUGAUGCUGCAUCUCAGGUGUCCUCUCACUAAGAGGAGGAGGAGGCUAAUAUUGGAUGAUACUUUUCCAGCUAGGGAGAAAGGAAUGAGGAUGCAAUAUUUUGGGAUGACUUGUGGGCAUCACGUCCAUGAUGUGAUGACAAAACCAGGGAAAGGUGAGUUUUGUGUCCCUGCCUUCCAGAGUUUGAUGGAGAAUCGGUCGGAUGACAGCGGGAACUGUUGUUAUCACCGGGGGAAUCCUAGCGACGGUGAUCCUACUGUGCAUCAUUGCUGUGCUCUGCUACUGUAGGCUACAGUACUACUGCUGUAAGAAAAAUGACUCCGAUGAGGAAGAGGAGGAGGAGGAGGAGGAGGAGGAAGAGGAAGAGCCCGACCUUCCCACGCACUCCCACCUCGUCAUGUGCAACGCCUGCAGCUCCCGCAUGGUGGACGGGCAGGGCAGCCCCGCGCCGCCCAGCGAGCUCAGCCAGCACGGGCCUCACACCUUCUGCCCGACCUGCUCCCCGUACGGCUCCCCCUUUUACAUCCGGACUGCCGACAUGGUGCGCAACGGCGGCGAGAGGGUGGCCUACACCCCCGCGUGCUGCAAGGAGAUGGGGCCGCCCCUCAACAUGGCCGCCCUGCAAAGCUACACGGUGAGCCGGCACGGCCUGCUCCGCGACAGCUUCCCGAACCCGCGGGCCAUCAGCACGGAGGUGUAGUCACCAUUGCCGCUGGAACAGGGUGUCCCCAGCCGGCGCCCGCUCCAGGGAAGGGGCUUUUCGCUUGUUUUUGAGGAGAGGAGCCCGUAGCCCAGCCCGAGGCCAGCAGGGCCCUGCUGAGCACGGCACGGCCAAGCCUCACGGGCCAGAAGGCGAGAGAGACCUCAAAGGGCAACGUUGAACCGGCCACCUCCGAACCCAUCAUAAGUGUCAUUAUUAUCUACUCUCUCUCCCAAAGGGACUUGUCUAACGAGGGCUAUGUACAGUACAACCUAAUUUAAUUACCCCUGGCUCGCUGAGCCCAGUGAGGCCUUCGGUGUCCCCACACAGCCACCGCAGGUGACGCACACGGAGCGAUGGGCUGAUGCCAGCUGCCAUCCCCGCUGAGUCCCAGUGCCGAGCAGGGCAUGGCAGCGCUCCUCGGCCAUGGGCAAGUGAAGAAGGGAAGAUCCAGGUCAUCCUGCUCCCCUCGUACUGCGUCAGUUGCCGCUGGCAGUUUGCUUUUCUGUUCAAGUGUAAGAUAGGGCACCUUCUCCCACCUGCUUCUCACGUGCUGAAAGAGUUCAGGACAUGAAUUUAGGUCACUGACGGGGGAGGCAAAGGUCCUCGCAAAAGUGCUCACCCACACCAAAGCCCCCACCUCUUCUACUCUUCACAAGCUUUCUUAGGAGCAGUUUUAACUUGGACCCAUGAAUAUGGAAAGAUUUUACUUAUGGGAAGAAUUGAAUUCUUAAAUAACUGCGGUUUUGGUCACCUUCAGCUUUCAAAGCCCCACCCUGACAGCUCUGACGGCCAGAGGAAGGUUGGCUUUAGGAUGGAUUUUGCUUGUGACAGCAACAGCAGAGCCCACUGGCUCAUGUCUCGUUGCAGGGCCCCCCCACUGGAGAGUGGUGUUCAGGUGGUUGGGGUCCCUCUGCUUUUGCUUCUGGAAGAAGAAGGUGCAAGACCCAAAUGUGUCUUGAACACCUUGUAAACGUGGGUUCACCGGCACUGCAGCAGGCAGUGACAGCCAGUGACUCUGUCUCUCUGCAGAAAUGAAUGUGGGAAAGUUUCUUCUUCCUCCAUAAAUCAAAUUAGGUGAAAAAUUACUAAAGGGACAUCUCCAUCAUUCCCAGGCACUUCCAUAGCAACCAGUGCAGGACUGCUUUGCUGAGCACUUCCCAUUCAUGGCAGGGAGGAGGGACUGGGACAUCAGUGAUCCCUGUGGAGGCUGUUGGAGGCAGUGGCAGGAAACCCUUGCCAUGCCUUUGCAAUAUAGGGCAGGACUGCUCAGAAACGUGAGUGGUGGAGUUUUAUUUUCACCACUGCAAUUUAGAAAUCAUCCCGCUGCUCACAGAAGGGUUUGGACUUGACCUCCCCACUCACACACAGAAAAAAGUAGGUCUCAGCACAGAGACACAGGGUGCACCAGCUUCGAAUAUCCACGUUACCAGGCAAAAGGCUGAUGUACACAUUGGACCUGCCCAUGCCUUGGCACCUCUGAUCUGAAGAAAGGAGCCAGACAAAACAUGGUGAUGGUCCUUGUAACCAAACACCUUGCCCCAGCCUGCAUUUUACACACACUUUCUGAGCAAAUGUUAUGCACCAUCUCCCUCACCUCCAGCCCAAAAAGACAUUGCAUUUCCAUUAUCUGGAGACUUGGUCUGGCUGCAUCGCUUUUACAGUCUCUUUCCAUCCUCCAAAUAGUGAUAGGUUUUAAUGUCCUCUCACAUUAAGGGCAGGCAGGAGGGAAGAUGAAAGUUACCAGCAGCAAAGCUCUCUGGAUCCUACUGGUCAGUAGUCUGUAGCUCCUGCUGCCUCCCAUCCAGCCAGCGCUCCUCCCUGAAAACAUGGUUUGUAACUGGAAGAAAAUCUUGGCUAACUUGAUAAAUCCCAUUCUUUCCCACUAGAGCAUCUGCUCAGCUAGGUCUUGUCAUGCUGGGAGCCACGAGAAGUUAACGUGUCCCAGCGUGGUCUCUGCCAGACGGCCUCGUGAUGCCGUCCCCUUGGCGGGCGCAGAGCCAGCACACGGACACAGCGGCUCCUGGCAUCCAACUCUACCUCUUGGCACACAAAAAGGCUUCCCACCACCACAGCAGUGCUGUGACCUCCAGAGGGUGGGAAUAACACUUCUGUGGGUCACCCUUGUGGCUGAAGGAAGGCCACUCCAUUGUCAUCUUCGCCACAAGCAAAUUGAGCGUGACCUGUCGCAGGCUAACGAGGCGCCAAGGCUGGGGAGGCAAUUCCAGAGCAGCCAGAUGGCCAAGAUGAGGGUUGGCCUCAGCCAACACACACCCUGGCUCUGGCACGGCUACAGGGAAAUGGCUGAGUCUGGAAGGGCUGGAAACACGGGGGAUGCAGCUGAGAAUUAGAAGGUUUGGGAGCUGGUGGAAGAACAGGAUGGGGUAGGGGCAGGGAUCCCAGAUUUUUUUCCACUUGAGAUUCCUCCUGUUACUAUUCUCUGUCUUUGUUGCUCAGCUAUGGGUCCAAAUUCAAUGUCAGAAAUAAAUGAGGACUUUGAAAUACAAA